AUGAGGAGGUCCCUGGGUGUUGGAGCUCCAUUGCCAUCAUCAUUAACAACUAAAUCCUUAGACAUUGAUGAUGACAAGUUUUUUNCUCCAUUGCCAUCAUCAUUAACAACUAAAUCCUUAGACAUUGAUGAUGACAAGGGCACUAAUCCUGUAGCCGGGGCGGGGACAGAGGUGGGCGAGGGCUUUGUCUACGUUUCGGGGCCCAACGGCGCGCGCACCCGCCAACUCCUAUUGGACGAGUGGGGCCCGCCAGCUGGCACUAAUCCUGCAGCCGGGGCGGGGACAGAGGUGGGCGACGGCUUCACGGGGUCUACGUUUCGGGGCCCAACGGCGCGCGCACCCGCCAACUCCUAUUGGACGAGUGGGGCCCGCCAGCUGUACCCGCCCAACCAAUGGCGAGAGGCCGGCGCUGCGGAUGACGUCACCCGUGCAGUCACGGUGUCGCGCGCCCCAAUGCGAGCACCAUGGACGGGGGCUGGAGGGCUAGGGUUAGGGUUAGGGUUAGGGUUGGAGUCGGAGCACGUGCGGAGGCUCCACCGCCACGAGCCCAGGGAGAACCAGUGCACCUCAACCCUCGUCAAGCACAUCAAAGCCCCCGUUCACCUCGUUUGGUCUCUGGUGCGGAGCUUCGAUCAGCCGCAGCGGUACAAGCCCUUUGUUAGCCGAUGCGUCGUGCAAGGGGAUCUAGAGAUUGGUAGUGUGCGCGAAGUGAAUGUGAAAUCCGGAUUGCCGGCGACCACGAGCACCGAGAGGUUGGAAGUUCUCGAUGACAACGAACAUAUCCUUAGCAUCAAAAUCGUCGGAGGGGAUCAUAGGCUCAAGAACUAUUCAUCGGUCAUAAGUGUCCAUCCGGAGAGCAUUGACGGCCGACCUGGGACGCUGGUGAUCGAGUCGUUCGUAGUGGACGUGCCGGAGGGCAACACAAAGGACGAGACAUGCUUCUUCGUGGAGGCCGUGAUCAAAUGCAACCUCAAGUCACUGGCAGAUGUAUCAGAGCGCCUAGCUAUUCAGGACCGGACCGAACCCCUCGACCUAUAGCCCUAAUACUCAAAUCUUCUAUACUAUUUCCAGGCAAUGAGAAGAGAACAAAAAAAAAAAGGUGGACAUUAAACUUCGAGGCUUUAUGACAAAAGCUUUAGAAACUGCGGUAAUAUCUGUCGUUCAGCUCUCGCCUUCUCUUUCGCCUACUAUGUUUUCAUUUCCUUCUGUUCGUUACGCCCUUACAAGAAACGAGAGAGAGUUGAUCCAUUAAAACCUAUUCGAAUAGUAAGAUUAGCUUCUUCUUCUUCUACUAGGGUUUGGGGGGCUUCUUGUGUUGCUGUGUAAAUACCCAUUUCUGAAGCGUUUCUCUGCAUGUGUUCCACAGCAGCUAUAACCGGAGAGAUAAAUUGGAAUUUGGAGUGUCUUAGAACAUUUUGUUGUAUUCUUCGGAACUUUGCUUGCUCUUCGGAGGCAUUGUAUAUAUACUGGAAAUUUCUAUUUCCUUUUGAUAGAGAUACUUCUUUUACACCGCA